UCAUAUUUACACUCAAAUGACUGAUUAGUUUCUACAUUUCUCUCCUUUCAUUAAGUACAUCUAAGAUGAUAAUCCACAUUUCCCUAAACUUUAUUACCUCUGAACCUCAGCUUUACCACAGUGUUAAUGUCAGUUACUUUUUCAGCUUGGUGCAUGGAUAAAUCACUUGUUUUAGUGGAAACACUGGUUGAGACUGUGAGAGAGCAAUAGAAAGGGAACAACUGAAUAUAGAGCUUAAAUGCUGAGUCAGUAAUCAUAUUUUGAAGCGCAGAAGGGAGAUAAAGAUAAACUGGUGGCUGACUGGAAAUGUUAGAUAACCGUAUUGCAGUUUUCUUAGAUAAUGUUCUUGCUGCAAUGUAGAGUAGCUUGGUAGGCUGAAGUCUACUCUCUAGCCACUGCUGUCACUCUGGGUUCAGAAGUACAUUCAGUCUUGGGUUGUAGCCCUUCAUGUAGGGAGGACAGGAGCAAAUAUAACAUCUGCUCAGGACUAACCCAUCUCUGGAGGUGGGGCAGAGAGUGAGAGAAAGAAUGUGUGGUCAUGCACUGGAGGUCCUGUGGAGUUUUGUUUUUCUCAGUUCAGGAAAUCUUGCAUUCAUCCAUGUGCUGCAUUGGUCCUUGCUGAUUGAAGUAGCAUCACCUGUGUUUCUGAAAAUAAAUGCUAAGCUUCAUGAUGGAGUGUGUCAGCAUUGCAAAGGUAUCUUGGAGUGGCGAGUAAAAUUCAGAAAGUACAAACUACUGACAAAACCUAAAAAAUGUGUGAAGUGCCUCCAGAAGACUGUAAAAGAUCCUUAUCAUAUAAUUUGUCGACCAUGUGCUAGUAAACUAGAAAUCUGUGCUAAGUGUGGGAAAGAAGAAGAAAUAGUAAUUCCGCUUGAUAAAGGACAAGACAGAACUGAGAGUGAGACUUCUAAAAAUGGCCAAGAGACCAGUAAAUUGAAGGAUGAGCUGGAUUUUGAUACAAAUUUCAGUAGUGCAGACAGUGAUGAAGAUUCUGAUGUGCUUGAAGAACGAUUAAAAAGUAUGAAUUUUGAAACGACAGAGAUCUAAGAAGCUGUGUUUAUACAAGAGAUUAUAUGCAACCAAUGCCUGCCUUAAACUGCUCCAAGCCCUGAUUUGACAUCUAAGGUCCUUGUAUGAAAAUAUUGGCACUGUGUAUGAUGAUGAUGCAUGUGGGGAUUUGUAUUAAUACACAUUUCUGUGUAUUAGGAACAGAAUUUCUUUGAAAAUAUUCAGUAAUUUGUAAGCAUAGUUAUUUAUUUCAUACAUGUAACAGCUUCCUGUUUUUAUGGAAUAAAGCCUCUUUGUGUAAUUGCUUGAAA